AUGGAUGAGUUGAUCGAAAUGAAUCGAUGGCGUUUACAACAACGCCUUCUCAGUCGAGAUGUUGACGGUAUCAAGCCACUUGACCCGAUCAUUGGUUAUGCACAAGAGCCUCUUCUUCCACUAUCUGAAGCAUGUGCACCAUUGACGAAUCUUGUGACAAAUCUUUCAACAUAUGUUUAUUUUGCACUAAAAGAAACCCCACUAAAACCAUCCGAUGGUCUCACACGUGAUGAAUCGGCAGCCAUUCGACUAUACACGAUGGAAUGGACUGACGGACAACGAAGUUUUUAUGGCGUUCUCAAUCACACUUUAAAAACAGCCGAUCGACAGAAGUUGCAACCGUGGUUCAAAUAUCUGAAAUUAUUUCUCACUGCUCUGGUCAAAUUGCCUUGUGCGCCACCACAAACCAUUUGGCGUGGUGUUCGUCACAUUGUUAAUGAUGAAUUUCCUUGUGGUUCACAAGUGAUUUGGUGGGCAUUCUCAUCGUGUACAACCACAUUGAGAGUUUUGGAAAAUGAAACUUAUCUAGGAUCAAUUGGAGAAAGAACUCUUUUUUCCAUUGAAGUUUUCAAUGGAAGAAACAUUCGUUCACAUUCACAUUUUGAUGAUGAGGAUGAAAUGUUGAUGUUACCUGGAACUCUGAUGGAAGUGAAUUCACAAAUGAAAUCUGCGUCAGAUCUUUGUAUCAUUCAUCUGAAACAAAAAAUACCAGAAGCAGUUUUACUCGAGCCACCAUUCGAAGAUGCGUGUCUUUACCCAAAGAAUGAGCCAGUGAAAAAUUGGUAUCGUCAAAAGAGAUUUUACAUUCCGAUUAGUUUGAUGGCAAUACUCAUGAUUGUUGCGAUCGUACUUGCGUCUGUUCUUGGAACAAGAUCGAUUAUGGAUAUGAACACACCAAUUCCUUGUGAUGUUAAGUUUCUUGAUCAAACGACUUAUGCAACCGGUACUCGUCCAAUAUUUCUUGUUACUGCUGAUAUUAAUGCGGACACUAGACCUGAUGUGGUGGUGGCGAAUUCUGAUGCGAAUAAUGUCGAAGUGUGGUUGAAUACAGGAACGGGAAGUUUUACAACGAAGAAAACUUAUUCCACAGAUGCAAAUCCCAUUUCCGUAUCUGUUAUUGAUGUCAAUGGAGAUCACCAAUUAGAUCUGAUUGUUGCCAAUUCAGGUGCACAAAAUGUUGGAGUUCUUCUCAAUGUUGGCGAUGGAACGUUUCACAAUCAAAAUACUUAUCCUACUAUGUCAAAUCCGAAAUCAGUCACGACAGCUGAUGUUAAUCAAGAUCAGAAACCAGAUAUCAUUGUGACUAAUUUUAACAAAAAUAACAUCGAAAUUCUAUUGAACAAAGGCAAUGGAACAUUUGUUUCUCAUUCAAGUUAUCUAACUGGUUCUCAUCCGAUUUCCGUCGCUUCAAGUGAUUUAAAUGGGGAUGAUAGAGAUGAUCUUGUUGUUGCUAGUUCAGAUUCACGGAGUGUUGGUGUGUUUUUGAAUUUGGGAAAUGGAAUAUUCGAUGUACAAAUGAUUUAUUCAACAAGUUCAACACCUUUUUGUGUCAUUCUGAACGAUCUGAAUGGAGAUCAAAAACGUGAUAUCAUCGUGGCAAAUUAUGGUGCAAAUACUGUUGGUGUUUUUUUGAAUAAAGGCAAUGGAACAUUUACAAGUCAAACAUCUUACUUAACUUCCGAAUUACCUUAUUCUGUUACUGCGAUGGACAUCAAUGAUGACAAUCACUCAGAUAUUAUUGUGGCGAAUUCAGGUGCCAAUAGUGUUGGUGUACUUUUCAACAAUGGAAAUGGAACAUUCACUCCGCAAAUGAGUUAUAGUACUGGUUCUGUGUCUUAUCCUACUUCAGUAACUACUGCUGAUUUGGAUGGUGAUAAUAAAUCCGAUAUAAUCGUUGCCAAUUCUCAUACCAGUACGAUUGGCGUAUUUUUGAACGCUGGUAGUGGAACAUUUGCUGCAUCGUCAGUCUACACGUCUGGAUCGAGCCCAAAUUCAGUUUUUGUCUCAGAUGUCGAUGGUGAUCAUCUUCGUGACAUCAUUGUUGCUAAUUUGGACGCAAGUAAUGUUGGUGUUCUUCUCAAUGUUGGAAAUGGAACGUUCAAACCACAAAUUACAUAUUCAACAAAUUCCAAUCCACAUUCUGUUGUCGGAAUUGAUGUCAACGGUGACAAAUAUGUUGAUCUGAUUGUUGCAAAUACUGAUGGAAAUAACAUUGGUGUUCUGAUCAAUCAAGGUGAUGGUCGAUUUCCCAUUGAAAUAGUAUAUGGUACAGGUUCUUCGUCGCAGCCCAUCUUUGUCACAGCAGAUGAUCUCAACAACGAUCAAUAUGCUGAUCUUGUUGUCGCCAAUUAUGCAGCAAACAACGUUGCUGUCUUCCUCAAUAGUGGAAAUGGAACAUUCCCAUUGAUUCCAUCAACUUAUGCAUCAGGUUCUCGUCCAAUGUUUAUCACGAUUGUUGAUGUCAAUGGAGAUCAAAAUGGUGAUCUCAUCGUUGCAAAUUAUGGAUCGAAAAGUGUGAGUGUUCUUUUGAACAAAGGAAAUGGAACAUUUGCCAGUCAAAAAAGCUUCUCUACGGGCUACAAAUUAUAUUCGAUAGCGGCAAUUGAUGUGAACGAUGAUCAUCAACCUGAUCUCAUUGUUCCGAACUUUGAUGGAGAAAGUGUGAGUAUCNUUUCAUCCAUAGACAAUUCAGUGAAAAGAACAUGA